GAAAAGUACGCAAAUAUAUACUGACAAAGUCACCGAAAAACCACUCCCGCGAGCUCUUCCUCCUUCGUUCUCUUCCUCACUCUCGGUGUCGUCCUUCCAAAGCCGUCACUGCUGCACCUCCCUUCCUUAUUUCAAAUUACAUCAGUGGAUUCCAAGGAGAUGUCCUGGUUGAAGCAUCUUUGGGGUGAUUUGGAGAUUCAACUUAAAGUAUCAAUGUUUUAUCAUUCUGCAUCUUUAUCAGGUCUGAAGUGAAUCUCGAGAAGUUUCUUCAUCCUAGUCUGUCCCUGAGAUAACUAAAAUACUAGAGGUCUCACUACAUUGCAUCCGAAACAAAAGUAAUUAGUAUUAUUUUCCAAAAAUGACAGAAAUCUUCAGUUACACAGCUUGCAGACAGUUAUCUCAGAUGUUCCUUGCAAUAAUCUUCUUUCACAGUUCUGAAUACGUUUUAGCUGCUGCCAUCCAUGGGAGAUCAAGUGUCACUCUUAAGUCUCUUCUGAUCAGCAAAAACUAUAUUUUGGCAAUGUUCUUUUCAUUUGUGGAGUACUUAAUUGAAAUCAUUUUCUUUCCUGAGCUGAAGGAAUACUGGUGGGUAAGUAACUUGGGACUGGCAGUGGUUAUAAUCGGUGAAAUCGUAAGGACAACUGCGAUCAUUACAGCCGGUCAGGCCUUCACACAUCUUAUCAAGAUUUAUCAUGAGGAGCAUCACGAACUGAUUACUCAUGGAAUCUAUGGGCUUGUCCGACAUCCUGGAUACUGCGGUUUCUUCAUCUGGUCAGUUGGUACUCAGAUAAUGCUCUGUAAUCCCAUAUCAACAAUCGCAUUUGCUAUUGUUGUUUGGCGCUUCUUUGCGCAAAGGAUUCCAUACGAAGAGUAUUUUUUGAGGCAAUUUUUUGGGUCACAGUAUGCGGAAUAUGCCCAACGAGUUCCUUCCGGGGUGCCCUUUGUGAACUGAUAAUCUAUAGAUUAUGUGGAUUGCAUUUAGCUAGCUGCCUCAUCAUUGCUAAUAAGGUUUUAAUUUAGUCUUCAUGAAGCAACAAGAAACUACUUUGAAGCUGAACUGAUCAAUGGCUUGCAGGAAUGGCCAAGUUAUCCACUCCCA